AUGGCAGAAUCAAAAGCAUUUCGAGGAUUGAUUCGGUCUACGAGCAAAGAAUCAGUAAUAUCUGCGAUUAGUCAUGUUGGCGAUUGGGAAAUCGGUGAUCGCUGUCAGAUUGGCGAAAGAGUGGGGAAUAUUGUAUAUAUUGGACCAGCUAGGUUUGCACCAGGUGAAUGGAUAGGUAUUGUUCUCGAUCAACCACUUGGGAAAAAUGAUGGUUCUGUUGAUGGACAUCGAUAUUUUUCUUGUGAACCGAAGCAUGGAUUAUUUUGUAAAGCUAGUAAAUUGGAACAUGUACAGUCAACGAGUCUGUCAGCUGAUACGUCACAAAAUAAUCCAUUUUGCAAAGAAUACGGGUUUGAGAUUGGUGAUCGAGUUAUUGUAUCGGGUGGUAAAUAUGGAAGAUUGCGCUUUCUUGGAAACACGGAUUUCAAAGACGGCGUUUGGGCUGGCAUCGAGUUGGAGCAGCCAGUAGGAAAAAACGAUGGCAGCGUUCAGGGUAAACGAUAUUUUACAUGUAAAGCACCAUAUGGUUUAUUUGCUGCCGCUUCAAAAGUUAUUCGUGCGCCCGAACAAACUUCGGCUAAAUUCAAGAUUCGGCAUACGAAAACGUCAGCAUUACGGCAACGUUCAGGUAGCCACGAAUCAUUGUCGUCUAUUGGUGCAUCAUCGGUUGCAUCGUCACGAAUUUCUAAAUACAAUUUUGCAACACCACGAUCAGUCCACAGGCCAUUUAUUAUUUCAUCAGCUAGAGGUCAAGAAGAUUUAUUCAAAGCAAUUCAGGAGUCAUUAAAAGAGAAGGAAACUCAUUUGGAACAGGUAAUAAGAGAACGUGAUCUUGAACGAAAUGAGAUGGCAGCCUUGUCAAGCCGUUGCGAAUUGGCAGAAGCAAAAGCAACACAACUCGAAAGUGCAAAAACUUUAGUCGAUCAACAACUUGAAGCAUUAAAAGUUAUGUUAGAUAAAAGUGAAGCUAAAUUUAAAGUAGCAGAUGGUACUGUUAACGAUCUUACGAUUCAGCUGAAGGAAAAGGAGGAUGCUCUUGAAGAUUUAACGUUUCGCUAUGAUGAGGAGACUAUAAUGAAUGCUGAAAUGGCGGAAAAAAUUGCUGAGUUGGAAAAGAGAACUGUUGUUAAAGAAAGCAGAAGUGAGGAUACAACUAAAUUAUUGAUGGACGAGGCAGAAAAAACCAAGUUACAAUUGGAGGAAUUGAGAAAACAGUGCUCCCUUUUUGAACAAGAAAGGAUUUCGGUGUGUUCUCAAAUGAAAAACAUAUGGUCUGCUUUUAACGAAGAUUUUUGGGAGUUAGCGAAACUUUUAUCUCCUAAUAAUGCUGUGGGAUGUAUGAAUAAAAGUGAAAAAGAAACUAGUGAUGACAAUUGUGAUUUAUCGAAGCAGUUGGAAGCGAAUAUGAAAAAGUUGAGUAAUUUGAUAGGUCACAAUAAAACAGUCAAAAAAUCAGUACAAGAAAGGCUUGAAAGUGAUAAAGAGGAAAUAAAGAAUUUGACUGCUCAGCUUGAAAUAUUGAAAAAAUCAAUGGAUAACAAGGCAGCCAAUAUUUCACAAAAGGAUGAAGAACUAACAGUAUAUCGGGCAACUGUGGAUCAGCUAAGAAAUGAGCUGGAAAAAGUUGAAAAAAGCAAAGCAAAAUUGAAAGAAACAUAUGAUGCAUUAGAGAUGUCGAAUAAUGCUCUGUUGACAAAUUUCGAUCACUUAAAAAGAAAGGACGCUGAAAUGGUUGAAAAAACAGAGAAUGAAAAGAAAGAACACAACACGGAAGUCAGCAGAUUAAAUGGGGAGCUGCGACAAGUACAAAACGAUUCCAUCCAAUUACAUGAACAGUUGAGAAAGAUGGAAAUUGAGAAAGCGAAGUUAAUGGAAUUGCAAGAAUCUCUGGAAAAUAGCAAUAGAGAAUUUCUUACUAAUACGAAGUCGUUAGAAUCUCAAAAAAUUGAAUUGGAGGGAGAGUUGAGACAGAAGGAAUCAGAGAAAGAAAUACUCAGGUCUUCUUUGACAAAGAAAGAGUCAGAACUUUCUUCGGCAAAGUCCAAACUCGAUGAACUCAGUGGUCAAAUUGAUAAACUUCGUGUCAGCCUUUAUGAAGCAAGUUCCAGUGAUGAAAGUCUCAAAAAAGAACUGGAAUUACUUCGUGAAGAAAAUAAAAAAGAAGCUGAAGCGCACAUAAUCGAGGUGGCACAGCUACAAACAACCAAUGAAUCCCUCGAAAAGGAUUUGUUAACAACUAGAAAUAACGUUCAGAACCUGGAAAAUAUGCAUGAUGCUAUGAAAAAUACAUUGGGAAAAACUCAAUUUGAACUUGAGAAACUAAAGGAGGAUCUUUCAUUUUCACAACAAGAAUUGAUAGCUGAGCACGAAAAAGUUGCAAGAUUGCAACAAGAAAUAAUUUCUCACGUUAGUGAUAUGGAACAAUUGCAAAGGUUGCAAAGAGAAGAAGCUUCAAAUCAUGCUAAAAUCAAAUCUAGAUUAGAAUCAGAGAAUGAUAGUGCAUAUCAAAAAUUGCGUGAUUUGGAAGCUGAAAAAGAAAUCCUCUUGAAAGAAAAGGUCGAAAUGCAGAAAGAAUAUACAAAGGUAGAAGAACGUUACGAAGCAUUGACGCAAUCGUUAAAAGGUCGUGUUAGCCUGGAUAGUGAUUAUAAAGAAAAGGUGCGGAAACUCGGAGCUGAACUGAAAAGUAUAACAGAAUGUUUGAGCACAGUUGAUUGCAAAGGCGGAUCUUUGGAAGAAAAAAUCGGUAAUUUGUUGGAAGAAAGAAUCCAGCUGGUGGAUGCAGAAAAGAAGUUGAAGGUGGAAAUUGAAAGGUUGAUGGCUGAAAAAGAAAAUCAAGCAUUUGAUUUGACAGUGACUACCGAGAAAUUAUCUGAGCUUAAACAGGAAUACAAUACACUUGCUGCUUCACUGAAUAAAUUAGAAAAGGAACGAAACGAUAAAGAUGCCGAAUUGAAUGUUUUGAGGACGGAAAUGAUGAAGAUUAAUGAUGAAAACAAAAACAAGGAUGAGAUCAUAAAUUUACUGAAAGCAAAGCAUGGUACCAGUACUGUGGAUUUGACACAAAACGAACAAUAUGAAAAGGAGAUUGACGCUUUGAAAGAAGGAAAGAACCAAGCUAUCAGUCAGAUUAAUUCACUGAAGUUAGAGGUACUUGAGCUGUUGAAGAGACAGGCAGAAAAUGAAGGAAUCGUUUCAGAAGCAAAACAGCGGAGUGCUUUAUUUGUCGAUCUUGAAGAAGAAUGGAAAAAGAAGGAAGAUGCAUAUAAACAGGAAAUACAAAAAUUGAAGGUAGCAGUGGGUAAAACAGAAACUGACAAAAUUGAAGAAAUGAAACGUGAUAUAUCGUUUCUCAAUUCUAUUAUAGCAGAGCAAUACAAGAAAGAGAAAGAUUUGAACGAACAAAUCGCAAUUCUCAAUUCGCUGCCCGCAAAUGAAAUAAUGACGGAACUUCAACGUAAAACUACAGACGACAUCCCACUACGCUUAUAUUGUGAUAUAUGUGAAGUAUUCGAUUUGCACGAUACCACUGAUUGUCCAACACAAGCAAUGGAUAUGGAAGAAGAGACAGUUCGGAAGAAAAACAAGAGGGGCAAGCCACCAGCCCGACCUUAUUGUGAACACUGUGAAGAAUUUGGACAUGGUGUAAGUAAUUGCUCAAAAGUGCAAACUGAAAAGCCAAAAUCAAAAGAUUAUACAUUUUAA